AUGAGCAGCAUGUCCACAGAGAUCCUGGCCUUUGUCCUGGCCAUAUCUGGCUGGGUGCUCAUCUCCUCCACCUUGCCCACGGACUACUGGAAGGUGUCAUCCAUCGACGGCACAGUCAUCACCACGGCCACGUUCUGGUCCAACCUGUGGAAGACCUGCGUCACCGAUUCCACUGGAGUCUCCAACUGCAAGGACUUCCCUUCCAUGCUGGCGCUGGAUGGCUACAUCCAGGUGUGCCGAGGCCUCAUGAUCUCCGCUGUUUGCCUGGGCUUUUUCGGAUCCAUCUUCGCCCUGGUGGGCAUGAAGUGCACAAAGAUCGGCGGCUCGGACAAGACCAAGGCCAAGAUUGCCUGCCUGGCCGGAGUCAACUUCAUCCUGAGCGGUCUCUGCUCGUUGACAGCGUGCUCUCUGUACGCCCAUCGUAUAACGUCAGAGUUCUUCGACCCAAUGUUCAUCGCUCAAAAAUUCGAGCUGGGAGCGGCUCUGUUCAUUGGCUGGGCAGGCUCUGUCCUCUGCAUUUUAGGAGGAGUCGUCUUCUGCUUCUCCUUGUCAGAGGGCCUCAGCAAGAGGUUAUUAAGUUAUGCAAACAUAACUGCUGUUGGAUCGACCCCCUCUUUCAUAUCCAAAUCAAACGGCAAGGCGACUGAGAACUACCACAAGGGCCCUCCAGACUACAGCAGCUCAUCCCGGCAGUUUGGGAAGAACGCCUAUGUGUAG